AUGGAAGACGGUCGUAGAGGAUCAUCUUCAACACCACAAUCACGUAAGAUCAUGGUGAUCGCUGAUCCAACACGUGAAUCAGCAGCUGCUCUUCAAUACGCUCUUUCACACGCCGUGCUCGAACAAGACGAGCUUAUCCUUGUACAUGUUGAAAGCACUGGUGGUGGUUCUUGGAAAAAUGCUUUCUCAAGUUUUCUUAGGUUGCCAAGUUCCAUCUCUUCGUCUAGCAGCGGCUCCUCCACCCCCGCAGCAUCUAUAGGUACCGCGACAGGCUCUAAUGCCGCGGCUGUAAGCGCUUUGGCCUCAGAGAUUGGUCAAGGAGAUGGGAACUUUCUUGAACAGAUGAAACGGAUAUGUGAAAUUGCUCAGCCUAAGGUACGUGUACACACCGAGUGUAUAGGUAUAGAUGGGAUUAAAGCUACAGGUAUACUUCUUCAUGGAGACAAGCUUGGUGUUGAUGUUAUCAUCAUAGGCCAACGCAGGACAAUCUCAUCUUCCCUUCUAGGAACUAGGCGGCCAGGAGGGUCACUAAGAGGAUCAAAAGGAGUAGACACAGCGGAGUACUUAAUCGAGAACAGUAAAUGCACUUGUGUUGGGGUACAAAAGAAAGGUCAAAAUGGAGGAUAUGUUCUAAACACCAAGACGCAUAAGAACUUCUGGCUCUUGGCAUGA